UAUCACCCCCAAUAACAGUAUAAUGUGACAAAUUGGUAUUUGAAAUAGACAUCCUUAAUAGUAUGAUAUCAUCAUUUAAAAUAUGCAUCGUUACACGCUUUUGUUUAUUUAUUUAAUUUUUUUUUGCUGUCAAACGUGAUAAAGAUUAAAAGACAAACGAAUGAAUCACUAGUUUUAUAAAGAGUGCCAAUCAUAAUUUCUCCCACAUAAAUAUCGGCAUGCCACAAUUCCAAAAAGAGGACUAUUUAUCUUUACAUGGCCUGAUACACAGUAAACUGACUCAACCCAUUCUCUCUUUGUUUAGUUUUCUUUUCUCACUACCUUAUCUAAAAGAUAUAUCAGAGUUUAGAGUUUCUUUACAUAAUCCAGAACAUAAACCAUAAACGAGUCGAUUUAACCGUAAGCAUUAGAGUGGCGUGACUUUCGCGAACACAGAAGGAAAAGUAGAAAAGAGUAAAAAAAAAUAAAUACAUUCAUUGCCUAUGAUCCUUGCCCUACUCUAUCCUUGGGUGGAAUUAAAUUCUGCACGCCUGCGGCGUUUGGAAUCAAGCCAGCCAGCAGCUCAACCAUGCAAUUAUUCUCUAAUUCUAAAACAUACCACAGCAACCUGUUGAAUGUGCAGAGCGGCGUCACAACUUCAGUGUCUACCUUUGUAUCGUAUUUGCUUGAGAGUGUCUUGUUAAGUAUGCGUCGCCAGGUGGUGGAAGCUCGACGCGCUCUGGUCAACCUGGUCGGCCGACCGCCCAUGUAUGAACUCUUGGCUAGAGUUCAUAGGUAUGCGGCCGCGGACAAGAUUCUUGUGUUGUGGUCAACUUCUGACUGGAAGUGGGAACUGUUGGAUUAUGUUUGGAAAAUAGCUUGCGAUGAAGCUUCUUUUAUGAAGUUGGAAAGCAUGGUUAGAGGGAAAUGUUUAACUUAUUUAGCUGACCAAGUUCACCAUGCUGUUAUAGAUAUUUGCCCUUUGUGUAAGCUUGAAAAAUCAAAAGAGCUUAUACAAAGAGCAAUUCUUGAAAAUGAUUUCAUGAAAAACCUGGAAAACUACCAAAUUCGUGAGAUCACAGAGUGUAUGUACCCUAUAGAAUAUGGGCAAGAUACUGUUAUCAUCAAGGAAGGGGAAGUUGGCAGUAUCGUCUAUGUCAUGGAAGAGGGUAAAAUUGAAGUUUCAAAAGGUAACCAAUAUUUAUGCACUCUUGGCCCUGGAAAGGUCUUUGGAGAACUAGCUAUCCUAUAUAAUGGCACAAGGACCGCUACAAUCACAGCUCUCACUGACUGUAGACUAUGGGCGAUAGAGAGGCAGUGUUUUCAGACCAUCAUGAUGAGGUCUGGUUUAGUGAGACAAGCACAAUACACAGACUUCUUAAAAAGUGUUCCAACAUUCAGGAAACUUAAAGAAGAAAUUCUACUCAAAAUUUCUGAUGUCUUAUAUGAGCAUAGUUUUAAAAUGGGAGAAUACAUUAUUCGACAAGGUGCCGGUGGAGAUACGUUUUACAUCAUUAGUCGGGGAAAAGUGAAGGUUACUUUAAAUGACCCAGACGAAUGCAAAGAGAAGUUUGUGAGGACAUUAGGCUGUGGCGACUUUUUUGGUGAAAAAGCUUUACAAAGCAGCAAAGAUGUGAGGACUGCCAAUAUAAUUGCAGAUGAUCCUGAAGAAACCACAUGUUUAGUCAUUGAAAGAGAAGCUUUCCAUCAAUUAAUUAGUCAUAUUGAUGAAAUCAAAACGAAGAGAUAUGAUGAAGAUGCUAAUUCCAGGAAGAAAGCCAAUGAAGUAUUUUCUGACCUUAAAUUGAGAGAUUUACGAUUUAUAAAAACUCUUGGUGUUGGAGGAUUUGGAAGAGUAGAACUUGUUCAAAUUCAAGGUGAUUCCACUUGUUCCUAUGCUCUUAAAGUCAUGAAAAAAGCUCAAAUUGUAGAAACUCAUCAACAAGAUCAUAUUUUAUCUGAAAAAGUCAUAAUGGAAGAAUCUAACUGUGAUUUUAUAGUCAAAUUAUAUCGCACAUUCAAAGAUCAAAGGUACCUUUAUAUGUUAAUGGAAGCUUGUUUGGGUGGAGAGCUAUGGACAUUACUUAGAGAUAGAGGGCGAUUUGAUGAUGCGACUACACGUUUUUAUUGUGCUUGUGUGAUUGAAGCCUUUGAUUAUCUGCACUCUAAAAAUAUAAUUUAUAGAGAUCUGAAGCCUGAAAAUAUGUUGUUGGACUCAGAUGGAUAUGUUAAAUUGACUGACUUUGGUUUUGCCAAAAAACUGCCCAAUGGUCGUAAGACUUACACCUUUUGUGGCACUCCAGAAUAUGUUGCACCAGAAGUGAUAAUGAAUAAGGGUCAUGAUACAUCUUGUGAUUUCUGGUCUCUUGGUGUUCUCAUGUAUGAGUUGCUAACUGGAGCUCCUCCUUUCUCUGGAAAUGAUCCUAUUAACACAUAUUCCAUUAUAAUGAAGGGCAUUGAGCAUGUCAAGUUUCCCAUAUCUAUAUCGAAGAACGCUAGUACUUUAAUAAAAAGGCUAUGCAAGGAAAAUGUGAAUGAAAGAAUUGGUUACCAAAAAGGUGGUAUUAAAGAACUCAGAAAACAUCCGUGGUUUGAAGGUUUCAACUGGGAUGGAUUAGUCAAUCGAAAUUUAGUUGCACCUAUUUUGCCAAGAGUGCGAAAUUGCAUAGAUACCAGUAAUUUUGACACUUUUCCUCCAGAUAUGAGCGGUCUGCCUGCUGAUGAUAUUUCUGGAUGGGACAAGGAUUUCUAAACAAGACUUUGUUUCUGCAUUUUGAUUAAAUUAAUUUUUUUAUUUGUUUAACUAGCACUGAAAUUUGUGUCAGUGUGAUACACUCAACAUUGACAAUCAUAUGCGUAAUUGUCAAGAUGACAAUCACAUACUAAGUGUAGAAAUUUAAAUACUUAUUUUUUGAAAUAUAAAAUAAUCAUAAUAUAUUUUACAGAGUGACUUAAAAAAAUAUUUAAUUUAUUUUAAGAUUGGUCACAUAUUUUUUUACCUACUAUGAAAUUGACACUCUCUUGAAAUCAUUAAUGACCAACACAAUUUUUAAAAUAUAUAAUUAUCCAUAUUAUUAUUGUAUAAUCUAUCUCUCUAUUAGGUUUUACACUUUAAAAAAAUAGAUUUCUCGAAGACUGUGAUAAUCUAAAAAUGUUUUUGUAAAUUUUGAAUUAAAGUAAUGCUUUUACAUUUUUAUUAAAUCCAGAGACUUUUGAAUUCACAACCUAAAGUACACCAAUGAGCUUAUGGGAGAUAAUGAUGUACUAUGUUGAUGAUUCAAAUAUUUAUGAUGUAUUAUUCUUGUAUGAAUGAGAAUAUGAACUUUUUUGUUGUGUAUAGGACCUUAUGUCAUGUUAAUUGUAUAAAUGUACAUAUUUGUAUGUAUUAUGAGCUCAAUCUGAUCAAUAAAGAUUAUUAAGUUAUAAA